AUGCCGGCAUACAAGUAUCGAUGGCGUAACCCUGCAGGAACGGGUUGGCGAUUACAGCGGUUGAGGGGACUGAGCGCGGCAGUGGUUGAGGGGACUGGUAGCGGCAGUGGUACGUGUUGUGGUUGGUUGAGUGGACGGGGAGGGGAAGAUGAGCGGUUAUGGGCAGCGGUAAGAGGCUCAAGUAAGCAUCCUUACGUCUGCGAUGAAUCAAGAUGUGGAGAACAAUGUAAGAACAAAGAGAAAACAUGUCAAUGUACAUGUUGUAAGAAAAGAUGUUCACAGCAACUCGGCCAGUGCAGUCCCGCCGCUGCACAGCUCUCGCUUUCUUCCACCGGUCUUCAGUCUCAGUCAGACAGUCAAGCGCUGUCGUCCGAUCUUCCCACUGAAAAAACUGACGCUGAGAACUCUGAUACAGAUGUCUCUCCAGGUCCCUCCAUUUCUCCUGAAACCAUCGCCGCCGUCAUCGUUGCCAUCAUCGUCGCCAUCAUCCUGCUCGACCUGUGCAUCUUCCGCUUCCCGGUGGGCCGCAACAUCCGCGAUUUCCUCGUACGCAAGAUACCCUUCUGCAUCGCGUUCUACAGCUAA